AGCACGUGACUCCGAAAGGCUGUAAUAUAAAGGGGAGUAGAAAGUGGUACCUCGCAGUUGCAGCCCCACAAGUUCACGUUUUUGUGUGUGUUUGAGGGACAACCUUGUGUACGGAUUACAGUCCGGCUUCUGCUAAACCACAACCACCUUUUGCAGGCGUUAUGAUGGCAUCAAUUUACGGCAUUGGCAGCAUCCUGACUGAUGUUAUGCGCUCCGUGUAUCAGACUGAGGAGAAUCAGUCUCUCCCCGCGGGCGCCAGGGAACAGCAGCUUGGCCCUAUGCUUCACAUGGAUAUACCCGAUUCCACCUCUUGGUUUCAAAUUGACCCUCAGUUAUGGAGCAAGCAGCACGUUUUGGAAUGGAUCAGUUACCAUGUCGAGAAGCACAAGUACGAUGCCAACAAUAUCGACCUGUCCUUCUGCGAUAUGGAUGGCGCCACACUCCGUACACUGACAAAGAACCAACUUGUGGCUAUAUUUGGACCACUGGGGGAAGAACUCUACAAGAGUCAUCAGGAUUUAAGUAAAAACAGUUUUGAUCUGAUACCUGAUGACUUCAGUGACAUCUUCUUGCAAAACAUUCUCCCAGAUGAUUGCAAUGAGUACAAGUUCCUGGACACUGUAAUUACCUGGAAUGAACUGGACAAUGAAGAGUCACCCGAUCACUGGAAAACCUUGCCUGAUUUCCAACCCAGUGAUCCUGGGUACGAAUCUGCCCCCACAUCUCCAUAUAGUAUUGAUGACUCCAAUACAGGAUCCCAAUCUCCUAAUUCUCCAGACUCCGGUGGAAGUGAAUCAGAUUUUGAUCACCCAAUAACAAAUGGGCAAUAUGGAAUUCAAAAUGAAGAUUUUCCCAAACUUUCAAGCAUUGAUUGCAAGCCUCCCAAACGAGGAAGAGGAAGGCCAAGGAAAUUAGGUAAAGAAGAAAAGAGCUGUACAGAAACCAAGAGAAGCAAACACUCUCCACGAGGCACACACCUUUGGGAGUUUAUCAGGGAUAUCCUCCUCCAUCCAGAGAUCAACAACGGCCUCCUGAAGUGGGAAGACCGGUCCGAAGGGAUCUUUAAAUUUCUGAAAUCAGAGGCCGUUGCACAGCUGUGGGGAGAGAAGAAGAAGAACAGCAGCAUGACUUACGAGAAGCUCAGCAGAGCCAUGAGGUAUUAUUACAAGCGUGAGAUCCUGGAGCGUGUGGAUGGAAGGAGACUGGUCUACAAGUUUGGAAAGAACUCCAGUGGUUGGAGAGUUGGAGAUGCAUAAGACGAAGAAAUAUUUUCAUUCCAGUAAAAAUUCACUUUCUCUACAAAUAUGUUUGCUGGCAAACAAAUCCCAACAGAGAUUGUGAGGUGCAGUGGACUGAUGAACUGCCCCUUUUGAGGGAUGUGCUCCAUGGGCAUUAAGUGGUGGAUUUUUUUUUUUGUGAAGAUGGGUGUGUUUAAUUCUCUACAUUACCAGACUCCAGCCUUUCUUGGGCCAGAAGUAUGUGCCAUAAAGGUGGCACUGAAAAUAGUAAGCCUAUAUUUGGGCCAAAGUAGGUUAUUGAACCAAUGUGAUACUUUUAGGGAAAAAAAAUGUUGUGGACCCGGAUCCCAUUGAAUGUGCAACACAUUUCGAAUGCAUCGGGCAAGUGUGAACAGCCAGUCACAAGAAUCAAUCUCUUUAUUCUACCCUGGCGAUGUUAAUGUUGCUCAGCAAUUUCUACUUUUGAAAUAUGUGCUGUGGUGUCUACAUAUGGAUAAUGAAUAGCAGGACUUCUUUCAUUGCUUAUGCAUAGAAGUGUAUUUUGUAUAUAGUCUGUGUAACAGAGAUUGCUAACCUAUGUAUUAUAUGUGUAAAUAUAUUAUGAAACAAUGGGAACUUAUUCAGCUGGACUGGUACCAUUUCCACUGAAACCUGAGUGUAUAUAUGACUUAAAAGAAAACUCUGGGGUAAAUAUUCUUUAAAUAGAUUGAAUAGAUUUUUAAAGAAAUUUUAUGUCCUUGAAUAUAAAAAUUUUGGAUCUGUUUGUCCUUUGUUUAUUUUCCUAUGAAUAUAAUAAUAUUUUACAAAUAAAAACAAAUUUAAAAUGGAAA